ACCAAUCAGAGCGCCGGUGUCGCUGGCGUGCCUCCCGCGAGCCUGCGCGCCUCUAACACCGACCGACGCCGACCUCAGCCGAGCACUCGAGCCCUAGUCCGAGUUAACGACGAAGCCUGCGGGAGACGAAGAAAACUCUCCCCGGUGAAAUAACGCUCGUCGUCCGGCAGAAUUAACCCAGAGCCACCACGUCGUCCCUCCGUUUGACAGAUAUGAGACGUGAAGCCGAGCCGCGAUUAUAGGCUUGACCUCCGACACUCCGAUGUGAAGAGAGAGACUCUGUGAGCGUGAGCAGCCCCCCCACCUCAUCCCAGCCACGGCCUGGCUGCCGAGUGCACGCCCCCCCCGUUCAGUCUCGCCUGCCCCCACAUACAUGUUCUUACAUGAAGAGAGGGGAGAAGUCCGAAAGAUACCGGCAGAUGCGACCCAAGACCUUCCCCGCGACCAACUACAGCGGCAGCAGCCAGCAGAUGCUGCAGGAGAUCCGAGAGAGUCUGAGGAACCUCUCACGACCCUCCGAUGCGGCCAAGGUGGAGCUCUGCACCGGAAAGGCCGUUCCGGAAGACACCCGGCAGCAGGGGCGUGGGAACAACCACAAAAGCUCCUACCACAAGGCCCUGCAGGAGAUCCGCAAAUCAUUGUUACCGUUUGCCAAUGAGCCCAGCUCCUCUAGCUCGGGCACUGAAGUCAACAGGCAGAUGCUGGUGGAGCUGGUGACAGCCGGAUUUGAGGAGGAUAUGGUGAUCUGGGCCUUGAAGCAGACUGGCAAUCGCAGUGUUGAGGCAGCUAUCGAGUGCAUCAGCAAGAUGAGCUACCAGGACCCCUGGAGGGAGCAGAUAGUGGCCGCAGCUGCCCGCCCUGUCAACGGCAUGAAGGUUCCUGCUCCAGCUCACGCUCACAUGCAGCAGCAGGUGAACCGGAAGCAGAGCUGGAAGGGUUCUAAGGAGUCUCUGAUCCCUCAGAGACACGGCCCUCUCAUGGUGGAUGGGGUGAUGUACCCCGCUGAGAGCCCAGCACCCCAGGGGGACAUGUCAGGCCGUCAGCCCCCAACUUUUGCAACGGGUCACCCCGGCAAUGGCCAACGUGUAAACCCAUCCCUGCCUCCCCAGGUGCGCAGUGUGACGCCUCCCCCGAACAGAGGCACCACGCCACCCCCACCCUCUUGGGAGGCCAGUACCUCUAACAAGCGUUUCUCCGGGAACUUGGAAUACCUGGUUCCCCGCAUCUCCCCCGUCCCGCAGAGCGGCUGGCCCGAGAGCUACCCCACACCCGGUGGUCAGAACCAGAGGGGGCUGAGCCCGGGACCCGUGGGCCGCCCAUCCUUCAUCCUGCAGAACUCGGGGGGGAAUAAAUUCAGCUUCCCCUCCACUGCCUGGCCGCAGAAUGGCUCCGGGCAGCCGGAGUACCAGACCCAUCAGAACGUGCUGGUGAGCGGCUCCAGCCGGCAGGUGCCGCCCCCCCCGUACCCCAUGGGCCAGGGAAACGGGCAGAGUCCCACGCCCUCUCAGGUGCAGGCCGCCGGACCUGCACCCUCCCCCACCUAUGUCAAUGGCGGGAACCUGGCUCCCGGUGCUCUUGCGUCUGCCAGGAACGGCCACAAUCUGGAGCUGUACAGUGUCGGCGCGCAGGGCCUGCCCUCAUCAUGGCCCCCACUGCCUCAAGCCCCCCUGGGCAGCGGAACCAGUGGCCACGAGGCCCCUCCCUCCUGGCAGCAUGGUGUCCCCGUCCGUUCCAACUCCUUCAAUAACCGCCACCUUGCCAGCUCUCAGCCCUCAGCCACCACGGUCACUGCUGUGACCCAGGCUCCCAUUCUGCAGCCCGUCAAAAGUAUGCGUGUACCCAAGCCGGAGCUGCAGACUGCUGUGGCCCCUACCCACCCCUCCAGGCUGCAGCAGCCGGGACCCCCUACACUCUACCAAGAGAGCGCCGCCCCGGUGGCAGAGGUGCCAAGUUACCAGGGGCCCCCACCCCCAUAUCCAAGGCACCUUCUGCAGCAGGCCCCCACCCCCACACCCUGCCCUGCCUAUGAGUCAGCCGCUAAGGCCCCCACUGUGCGGGAGAAGCUGACGGACGAGGAGGCUGGUGGCUGCGGGGACAGGGCCGAUGGCGGCGAGGUCGUAGCUGCGAGCGAACGGGAGAAGAAGCAGAUCACCACGUCACCCGUGCCGGUGCGCCGCAACAAGCGAGACGAGGAGCGUCGCGGGGAGGCACGCGUCCCCAUGUACUCGCCGCAGGCUUUCAAGUUCUUUAUGGAGCAGCAUGUGGAGAAUAUUCUGAAGAACCACCACCAAAGGAUCCACCGCAAGAAGCAACUGGAGAGCGAGAUGCAGAGGGUCGGCCUGUCAGGCGAGGCCCAGGACCAGAUGCGUAUGAUGCUCUUCCAGAAGGAGUCCAACUACAUCCGGCUUAAGCGCGCCAAGAUGGACAAGUCCAUGUUUGUUAAGAUCAAGACGCUGGGCAUCGGUGCCUUCGGGGAAGUCUGCCUGGCCCGAAAGGUGGACACGGCCGCCCUGUACGCCAUGAAGACGUUACGCAAGAAGGAUGUGCUGCUGAGGAACCAGGUGGCCCACGUCAAGGCCGAGCGCGACAUCCUGGCGGAGGCUGACAACGAGUGGGUGGUACGCCUGUACUACUCCUUCCAGGACAAGGACAACCUGUACUUCGUCAUGGACUACAUCCCCGGGGACAUGAUGAGUCUCUUGAUCCGGUGGGGCAUCUUCGACGAGGACCUGGCGCGUUUCUACACCGCCGAGCUCACCUGCGCCGUGGAGAGUGUCCACAAGAUGGGCUUCAUCCACCGCGACAUCAAGCCCGACAACAUCCUCAUAGACCGCGACGGCCACAUCAAGCUCACCGACUUUGGCCUCUGCACUGGCUUCCGCUGGACGCACGACUCAAAGUACUACCAGAGCGGGGAUCACAUCCGACAGGACAGCAUGGACUUCAGCAAGGAGUGGGAGGACCCGACCAACUGCCGCUGCAUAGACCGACUGAAGCCUUUGGAGCGCCGGGCAGCACGGCAGCACCAGCGGUGCCUGGCCCACUCCCUGGUUGGCACACCCAACUACAUCGCACCUGAGGUCUUGCUUCGCACAGGUUACACCCAGCUCUGCGAUUGGUGGAGCGUGGGUGUCAUUCUCUAUGAGAUGUUGGUUGGACAGCCCCCUUUCUUAGCCUCGACUCCCCUGGAAACGCAGAUCAAGGUGAUCAACUGGCAGACUACACUGCAUAUACCCCCCCAAGCCACACUUAGCCCCGAGGCGUCCGACCUCAUCAUCAAGCUGUGCCGGGGUCAUGAGGACCGGCUGGGGAGGAACGGCGCUGAGGAGAUCAAGGCACAUCCGUUCUUCAGGACCGUCGACUUCUCCACAGACCUGCGGCAACAGCGCCAGCCAGCGCCCUACAUCCCCAAGAUCACACACUGCACUGACACGUCCAACUUCGACCCGGUGGAUCCGGACAAGCUGUGGAGCAGCGAUGACGAUGGCGAGGGCAACCGCAACGACACUCUCAAUGGCUGGUACAAGAACGGCAAGCAUCCUGAACAUGCCUUCUACGAGUUCACCUUCCGCCGCUUCUUCGAUGACAACGGCCACCCUUACAGCUCCCCAAGGCCCAUCGAGUACGAGAACUAUGAUCCCGAUGACUUGGAUGGUGAAGCCCCCAUACAGGAGGUGCCCAACCAGGAAGGACAUCCCCAUGGGGCACAGGGUCGCGACUUGGUGUUUGUAUAGGCUACCUGCGCGCAAGAUGGAUUUGUCCAUCUUUGUGUGUCUAAAAGCUGGAGUCUGUCCCCUUGGGGGUCUGCUGUUUAUUUUUAUAAUCUAGAAGGAAAAUCUACCUGUAAGUAAGUAUGGUCUAUCUGGUCAGCGACAUGCUGUUAGGGAGAGUUUAGUGUAAUGGCCUCGGAUGCUGCCGCCCAUCUCGAGGGUGAGGAGUGAGCCUCUGACCACCCUGUUGUAUUUAUUAUUAAAAGGUGUACAGUGUAUGCCUUAAUUGGGUGGCCUGAAGAGGAAAAAGACGUGUCUGGGUGCUUUUUAUUUGAAAAUAUUUUCCCCCGGAAAAGUAAGCCCCCUUUUUAAGCCUUAAUUUAUUUAAAGUUAUAAAUUGAUAAUUAGCAUAUGAUGAGCAUUACACUACGGUUCCUUUGGUUAAAAUUUGAUUGCAGAUGUAUGUUAAUUUAUAUGCAAGGGGAAAUACCAUUUUCGGGGCAUGGAACGAUUCAGCUUACAUUUGAGAACCUUUGAUCGGCUUUCUUUUACCAAAUAUGACAGAAACACAGACUGCCAAUUGUUUAAUGAGAACACUAGUUGCGGAAAGAUUUAGUGGAUUGUAAUAGUUUAUUUUUCCCUAAUUUAUACAUAUAAAUUAUAUUUAUAAAUUAUACUGUAUAAAUUUGAUGUGAAUAAUUCUUUCCUGUCUUAUGUCAGUAAUACAUCUCCGCAGGCCAUUUGUUCGGCUGUCAUCCUAGAAAUUGUUUGCUAUUUUAAAGUUGUUUGUUCUUGCCUUUUUCCCCUCUUCAUCCAUUCAACACAACUGUAACACUAACCCAGAAGUGGGGAUUACUGUGUCCCUACACAUUCCCUGUGGAACAGAUGGCCUUGUCUUUGCCUCAACCAAAGUAUGAAACUGGACUGUAAGUGACUCCUGAUGUCGCCAGGAGUUUGCAAAGAAUUCACAUUGUGGAGGAAAGGAGCGACGCCAGGGGCAGCUGUGCAUGACACUACUUCUGGGGAUACCUGUUCAUUCAUUCAGAUCGAAGAGGACACUUGCGCUAGCCUUUGUCUCACUCUGUGUAAACCGAAGGGGUAUGUCCUUUGGUCUAAAUUUCUGCACCAGGAGGAGAAAUGAAUGUAGUUCUGGAGGUUAGGAAAUGCACUACCUUUACUGUAAUCUUGUUAAAAUGACAUCCAAAUGUGCUUAUCUUGUGUAAUUUGUUCGUGGGAACGGGGUGGAGGGAGAUGACGGUUGAAUAAAAAAACGUCAAGCACAAAAAA